GGCGCAAGGGACGUUCGCUCGACGCCGACGCUCCGGCGCACGCUUCGACCGGUUAUUCUGACUUGGAAAGGAUACCAGAGUUUAUUUUGGGAUUUAACUUUUGUUAAUCGCUUUUGAAUGUUCGCAGCGGACGUGCCGUUACGUAAAUAUAAAUAUUCUCAAUUCUCAACAAUUCCUCCGCCCGACCUGAAACGUUGACACACAGUUGAUCAGUGAUUAGAUAUCGGUUAUCUAUAAGUUAAUGGUGGAUAUUCAGCAAACCAGGAUACAUUAAACAGUUACAGUGCAGUGUUUACUUAUCGGACUUGUGUUAAAACGUGUUUCUGUGUACUAGUUAUUCCAAUAGCUAUACUGAUUAUGCUAUCGUGGUUCUCAGAAUUUUGUGAUGUGUUUUGUGGUUUUGUGAAUCUCGCCCACCUGAAUUUUGUUGACUGUUCCAAAUAUCUUCUGUGACAUCGAAAAUAGCUAUAAGCUAUUUGUGUCAUAAUAAUUCCACCAUUGGCUUUACAAAUUCUGCUGGAGGAUUAGUUUGACCAAGCAUUACCGUGAUAACCUCAAGGUUGGAGAAAUGGGGGUGGUGUAAUAGCCAAGACGGCAGUAAUGGCCAAGAUGGAGUGCCCUUAUGGACGCUGAGGGUAGACUCGUGUUCUGGAAGGGUGGCAUGUGGGAAGGGGGUGCUCCCACCCUCAGUUGCAACACUUGCAAGAAGCGACGUGCUGACAGGAUGAGCGCCAACGAACGCCUGUUUGAGUUAAAAAAACUAUCGGAGGAGAGUUUGACCCGGCAGCCGGAAGAAGUCUUCGACAUUAUUUGCAAGCUCGGAGAGGGUUCCUAUGGCAGCGUUUACAAGGCUCUACACAAGGAGAGCGGGCAGGUGCUCGCCAUCAAGCAAGUGCCGGUGGACACUGACCUGCAGGAGAUCAUCAAGGAGAUCUCCAUCAUGCAGCAGUGCGACAGCCCCUACGUCGUCAAGUACUACGGCAGCUACUUCAAGAACACGGACCUAUGGAUUGUUAUGGAAUACUGCGGCGCCGGAUCUGUGUCGGACAUCAUGAGGUUACGGAAGAAAACGCUCUCCGAAGACGAGAUAGCGACGAUACUGUGCGACACGCUCAAAGGCUUGGAGUACUUGCACCGGAGAAGAAAGAUCCACAGGGACAUCAAGGCCGGGAACAUAUUGCUCAACACGGAGGGUCACGCUAAGCUGGCGGACUUUGGAGUUGCUGGACAACUGACCGACACAAUGGCGAAAAGGAACACAGUUAUAGGCACACCAUUCUGGAUGGCGCCGGAAGUUAUACAGGAGAUCGGCUACGACUGCGUGGCGGAUAUCUGGUCCCUGGGCAUCACCGCCUUGGAGAUGGCGGAAGGGAAACCGCCUUAUGGCGACAUACACCCCAUGCGGGCCAUAUUCAUGAUACCCACCAAACCACCACCUUCCUUCAGGGAGCCGGACCAGUGGUCGCCGGAGUUCAUAGACUUCGUGAGUCAGUGCCUUGUGAAGAACCCGGAGGAGCGCGCCACGGCCGAGUAUUUACUUACACACGAAUUUAUAGGUAACGCGAAACAAGCCAGUAUCCUCAGUGCGCUGAUCGCUGAAGCGAGAGAGAUCCGAGAGAGCCAAGCCUUCCGGAGUGCCAAUGCCUUGCUGCAGAACGACCACUCCAAGACCAUUGCACCGAGCGGCGGCGGCGCGGGCGAGGACUACAGCGAGGCGACGAUGAAGGCGCGCGAGGCGACGCUCGUGCCUCGGGACGCCUCGCUAGAGUUGGCGGCGGAUCUAGGCACCAUGGUCAUUUAUGAUCAGGAUUGCGCUACUAUGAAGAGGCACGACACAGACCCGAUGGACACAAACCGGCCGAAGUACCGGCCGCUGUUCCUGGAGCACUUCGAGAAGAAGGAGGUCAACCACCUCGGCAUGGGCACCACCAACGGAACCCUCACCGGACCCUUGAAUUUCGAGGAACUCAGGGUGCGCGGCGACAGCACGGACGCGGCGGCGGAGGGCCUGCUGGGCGAGGCGGGCGCGGUGGCGGCGGGAGGGGUGCCUCUCCAGAGGGCGCUGCUGGAGGAGGGCAACUUCGAAUUCGUAAGUCAACUGCACGUCGUCACUCUGCUCGCGCUGCGCCCGCCUGUCGUUCCUGUCGGAGGGCGAGCUGGAGGCAUGCAUGGCGCGCCUGGACGCGGAGAUGGAAGCAGAGAUCGAGCGCCUGCACCAGCGCUACGAGAGAAAGAGACGCCCCAUCCUCGACGCCAUCUCGCUCAAGCGCAAGCGACAGCAGAACUUCUAGCCGCCACGCUGUGAAUACUACCGUCUAGCUCACACCGUACGUGUGCCAUACAGAUGUCUCGGCGCCAUGGCACGUGUGACAUACAGAUGUCUCGCUCGCGCCACAAUACGUGUGACCUAUAGAUGUCUCGCUUGCGCCACAAUACGUAUGAGUUGCAGAUGUCUCACUCGCGCCACGGUACGGUGCAAUACAGGUGUUAGCAAUUAUCUGUCUCGUUCACACCCUGGUAUGUGUGCCAUUAACAGGGCUGGAAGCCUGAAGACAGUUGAAGCUCUGGACUGUUGUUGGAAGUUAAAGUCUGCCACGCUUCGUAUGAUCUGAGUAAUUCCGAAGCAGUGGUGCUAAUUUUGUUGUACACAAUCUUUAAACUAAAUUGACUAAAUCUAGUACUAUCCUUUUCUGCAAGAAGCAUUAUGAAAGGGAUAGCAAUAUAUAUAGAGUCAUUAUUUUAGUUUAGAAAUUUUGUACAAUAGAUUUGGCCAUAAUAUGUCUUGUAGUUUCGAGGGGUUUGCGGAACCUAUCUUAUGCACUCUCGAGUGAUUUAUUCAAGGGUUUGAAGAUCCUUGUGUGAGUUUCACUACUCUGCAAAACACAGUCUGUCCUACAUUUAAGGCUGUGGAAUUCCAUAUCUGGACUCUGCCAGAAAAUUUGCUGUUUUAAAACUAACUAUCGACCUCACGUCUUCAUUGUUUUUCAUGUUCAGGAAAAUCAUUGCGAAAAUUUGCACCAAAUCAUAUUUUACGGUUUUGGAAUUUUACUCCAAACAACCACGUAUUUACGAAAGCAAAAUUUGGAAGUUUGCAUUUAUUUUUGACGCUCUAUGCUAUUAGUUACUAUUUUUUUGCCAAAAAUGAAACACUCGCAUAUAUAAACUCGGCCUAACGGAACUUUUUGGACUUUACUACUAGGCCCUUUUAGCUGUAGUAAGUUUUGUGAAAUUUUAAAUUAGGAGCUUGUAAACUUAGGUGCCAAAUCGAAUAUGGAUUCAUGUUCCUAUAAAAUUACAAUGGCACUUGUGAGCGAUUAUACGAAUAUAUUUUUGCAAUAAUUACUUGAAAAUAAGUUAUUUUACAAUGCUAACAAACGGCAAAUAGUCUUUGUUUUCAAAUAUUAUUUGUUUUCAUAAGAAAAAUAGCUAAAUAUGUGCUUUGAGAAAACAAACUACAUAGUUAUAACCGAUAAACGGAUCAAAAUGAAGUUUAUAGAUAAAAUAAAUAGAAUAGAAAUGAGGUCUAUUUCUUAGUUAUUAAGAAACGGCACUAAUAGAUUUCUAUCAACUGUGUGGCACAAUUUUUGCCAUAGACUAUCUAACAGCUAACUAGAACUGAGUAAAUUUUCGUUUUGUCGAAAUUUGUCAAAAUUCGUCGCCAAAUGGAACGUCCACACAUGGCCAAAUAUUGUAUUUGAGCAUUGUGAGUAAUUUGUUUAAAUCUGGAUACAGAUCCUCCAAUAUUUUCUAGGCCCUAAUUCUCUCUCAACCAAAUAGUGAAACAUAUCUAAGUACAUACUUGAUAACUUCUUUGUAAUAAGCAGCUGUUUUUGUAAUAUUAAAAAAUGGAUAAAAAAUGGCGAAAAAAAGAAAUAAGAAAUGUUUCUUGAUUUGACUGUAUUACAUUUGAAAGUAACGUAUAACUACAAUCUGUGACGUUAAAAAGUUCUUAUAAUAUGAAGAGGUGUCAAUUUUGAUAUGACUAUUAAUGUAUGGUGAUACAUUUUGAGAUCUCACUCACACUUUAACUAUAGAACUGGUACACAUAGGUAUCAAUUGGGACUUCGUCUGUGUUGGUGUUAGAUUUGGAGUGUUUUUUUUUUUUGUUAAAACUGACUGGAAAGUGCCGUGCGUAUCUCGGCGAGCCCCGGCACAGACGGGGUCCAUACUUGUAUAGUUUAACUAACUUACUUGUUACAAAUAACUACAAACUUGACAUUGGCUAAUCUUUGUGAAGCCAGACGAGAGAGAAAAAAAAAAGGUAUCAACUGUCAAGUAAAAGUACGGUUUACCCAAUUCAUCUUUAAAUUAAUAAGGACUAAAAUCGUACUUUUGACAUGACAGUUGACACUAUAGUUUGGCUCUAUAGCCAAAAUGGCGAGUGAGAUCUCAAAAUGUAUGCAUUUCGGAUUUAUUUCACGAAUGUCAUAGAGAAGGGUCUAGUUUUAGUUGUAAGUUGUUAUUUUAAUUUAGCAUAGACUUUGAAUCGUACGUAAGUUCGCUGAGACAUAUCUGCGUAGUUUGAACGGCCUGUACAGUUCCGCUAGAGGGCACUGUCUGAUUGAAUUUAUUUUGUAACUACUCUCACACAGCACAAAACUUUUUCCCUUUUUUAUAUAACAAAUAGCGAGCAAACGAGCAGGCGGGUCACCUGAUGGUAAGUGAUUACCGCCGCCCAUGAACAUUUGCAGCAUCAGAGGAACCGCCGAUGCGUUGCCAGCCUUUCAGGAGCAGAUCACGCUUAACUUUUAGUACAGUACUAAUACAGCACUGUGGCCUUAUUUUCGUCGUCCACUGCUGGACAUAGGUGUCUUGUAGAGACUUCCACGGUCUUGCGUGUCCACCCUCCAUCGAAUACCGCAGACUUGUUUAUCUGUCCACCCAAUGGUUGGUCUCCCAACACUACUCUUCCCAGUUCGAGGUCGCAAUUCUAGAACCUUAGCAACCCAACGCUUAUCGUUUUCUUCGAGCUAAGUGCGCUGCUAUGUCGGUUACUCUGGUUCUUCUACGCUCUCAUUUCUGAUUUGAUCGCGUAGAGAGACUCGAAGCAUAGUUUUCUCUAUCGCCCGCUGAGUGACAGAGCUUUCUUAUGAGGCUCUUAGUUAGCGACCGUGCCUCGAAACUGGUAACACGCACUUUUCGAAGACUGCCAUAUAUAUUCAUUCAUAUUUUUUUUUUUUUAAUAAUUAAAUACAACAGGCCCUCUAGCGGAUUAUUUAACUUUACAGCAUUUCCUUCAUUUUGAUUUGGAAUAAGAAUGUACAAUGAUUUAUUUUGUAGUAUAUUGUAAUAAAUACAUGACAAUAUUAUAUAAUGUAGAUAGUAUGGUAUAUUAUAUUAUAGUUAAUUUGAUUUCGUUUGGUACCUACUGUCAGAAUUAUUUCCUGGUAAAAAAAUAUGCAUACGUUUUGAGAACGCACUCGUCAUAUUUGUUCCAUGUGUCAAUUUUAUUUUAUUUUUGGAUCAGGAAAAAGCUCUGAGAGUAAGAUACAUUUAACUCACAAAAUAAUAUUAUUAUGUUUGAUUUAGUUGAUUUGUUGAUGAGUAACUAAUAACGUUUCGUUUCGUUUAAUUUUAGUUCCUUGUGUUUGGAUCUCAGACGUUUUCAACUCGCUGUACUAUAGUGAUAUCUAUAUUAGAUUAUAUUCACUCAAUUGUACAUUGACUUUAGCCGCAGUAUAGCAAUCGUACAGUUCAGAAUGGACCAAAUGUCUAAACUAAACUAAUGUAAGCUAUCACUGUGUUCGAUUGGCCUACUUAUCGUUUAGUAAUUAUAUUGCAUUAUUAGUAUCAAAAGGUAUUAUGACUAUCAAACUAUUUUGCUAUCGUUUAAGAUUUAGUUGUAUAGUUUUCGUUGUGAAAGGAAGAAAAUUAUCUGCUAAAGUGACAAUGUGGCUGAUUCUGUUAACAACUAAAUCUAUUACUAUCCUUUUCGGUAAAGGUCUUUAUGAAAGGCAUAGCAAUAUAUAAUAUAUUUUAGACCUGUCAUUGUAUUGUGUACAACAGAUUCAGCUAUAUUAUUUCUAUAAAACAAUUACUGUAGUAGUUCGUAUGUGUAUAAAAUCAUUCACAAUCGUUAAAACAUUGUCUGCUCACGUUCUUUUCCGAACAGAACGUUCCCUAAACUGUUCACGUGCCGUUCCCGAACUGUACGCUAGCUAAACUGUGUAAAAAUAUAAACUUUUGUAGUGGGUUGUGAAAUUCGUGAGUCAAAGUGUUUCUAAAGUUUAUGCAAUUUCAUAUUCACUUUUUGCAAGUAGGGUUUAUGAAGUGCUAUAAUAUUUUACUGAUUAUAGAUUUAGAAUUUGUAUAAAAGGUAAAAAACGUUUGACAAAGUUUAUAUGACGUAAAUAUACAGUAAUUUGUCUUUGGACAAGGGCUAACGUCGUGAAAAAUUAUCUCUUGAAAAGCUAAUUUGUCCUCUUCUCCGUUCCACGUAAGUGGAACUUAUUAAAACCGAUACCAAGUAGCUCGCUUUGGGGUUUGUAGUGUGACACCAGUUGUAUUAUAUGACUCGCGUGUUAAGUAUGUCUCCGGCUGUAUUGGCGAUGCUAUGCCCUUGUCCCAUCCCCGCCUGUAUAGAGUGUAUUUUGCUAAUGAUACUCCUUUAAUAUUAAACUUACAAAUUUUUAGAAGUGCCAUUAAGUGUAAAAUAAAUAGUAUUUUCGUACAUUCGAGCAAUAGAUUGUAACAAAUUUAGAAAUGUUUAUUUAUGGAUUAGAGGGAAGCCUGUGAUUGGUCAGUUUGUGCCAUUCGCUAAAAACUCUAUAAAACGUCUCACUUUCCAAUGUAAUAUUUCGGUAUCCCAAUGUAUUUUUCGGAGUUUCAACAUUCAAUCUAUCGAUUAGUUAGAUGCUUAGCAACUAUGGUCAAAUACCAUACAACUUUUGACAAUACCAAUGUUGCUAAGUAGCUUAAAUCGAUAAAUUACGUACGUAAAGUUUGAUUAUAUAAUCAAACGGGACGUUGGGUACGAUCUUUUUUACUUUAUAUUCGCGCAAAAGUACAGUUUGCAUAAAUAUCAGAUAUAUUGUUAUAAUUUUUAAGCUUAUGACCUCAUUUUCAUAAUUCCUGUAUUUCUAUUGGCCUAUAUGCAUUGGAUAAACAUUUUUUUCUAUGAAUUGUACAGGGUAACAAAAUGUAUUAUGAAUGUAAAACUACUUCAAGCGCAUUUAGCAUUUCUUUACUCUAUUAUGGCCUGCACAGACGAGGGGCAGACUUCGGGGUGCUUUUUGUCCAUCAAAAUAGAUCGUUUACAACUACAUCGAAUAACGCAAACGAGGGGCCAAAAGUAUCCCGUACAAAAAAUCUCCCGAAUAGCCGAGGGACAGACCUGACCGGACAAAAAAGUACAGGGGAAUUCUCGAAGAAAAUAGGACUCAUUGUUCCAAAGCGCGUCAACGCACAUAGCCUCACACAUACAUUUUACCCUCAUUUAACACCAGAGCUUUUUUUGCAGCUUCGGGGAUUUUUAGCCUCCGCGGCCUAAAAGUCCCUCGUCUGUGCAAGCCUUAUUAUUAUUCUUAUCAGUUUGUAGAAUACGAAUGGAAUGGGAACAUUUGGAGUGAUAAUAAUAUUUGUAAAAAGUUUCAAGUGUUUUGCUACUUAGGUACGUUUUGUGAAUUAUAGCCACCUUACGCAAAGUUCAGGAUUUAGCUACUCUGCCCGCCAAAUACAAGGAAUUUACUGUUAAUUGUUUACCAAAUUACGCGCUUUUAAAUGCAUCAGAUAUCUAAUUUUUUUUUUUAAUUAUAUAGACUAGCGCUUGGCUGCAAUCAGACCUGCUAGCAAGCGAUGAUGCAGCCUAAGAUGGAGCGCGCUUGCCUAGAAGUUGCCUAUUCACUCUUGAUUUGAAGGUACCCAUAUUAUAGGUGAAAGAGAAAACUGAUGCCGGAAGGGUGUUCCGUAUCCUAGCGGUUCGGAUUAGGUAAGAGAAAAGAGUAUUGUUGAUAGUGAAUUAAUGAUUCAACAGUGAUUCAACGUGCAAUGAAGUAUGAUUGUUUAAAUAUUAUAAGUUUCUUUCAAUUUGGCGAAUGGGGUCAACACCGAUUUUAUUUACAAAGAAUUAAGGUCUGCCUUUUAUUUACGCCAAAUUAUAGUAUUUUUUUUUUAAUAUUUUGCGUACAAUUUCUAAGCUAAAUCCUGUGAACUAAAAUAGGUUAUAUUGUGUAAGGCAAGAUCUUAAAAGAAGCAAUUAUAGAUUGUUGAUAAAAGGACGUAGGGAUUUGUUGAUUGGGCAGUUUGUUGAUCAACUGCGCUUUGGGCAGUCCGUAUUUAUAUUGUGUGGGCAUCUUGUACCCCGCACACUGUAAACAUUUAUGAUUUUUUGUUAUUAUUUAAUUCAAUAAUCUUCAUUUUUUUUUUUUAAAUGCAACAAUGUUUCGUAAUAAAAAUGAAAUUGCAACAUAAGUAUUUCUGCCAGUUUUUGUUUUUCCAAGGCUGGUUUUCUUCUUACGCUGAUAGGCUGCGUUGGCAAUCCAGCGUGAUCUAGAACGCUUCAUAGACUAAUGGUAUUUAUACAGACUAUGCCCUGUCCACGGAAAGAAGUCAGUACAGCGCUCUCUCUAUUACGUAAUCCCAUACAAAUGACAGAGCAAAAAUGUCAAUGGGCGUUAACCAUGUUGAGUCAACAACCAAUCACAAAAAUGUUUUCA